UUUCAGUAGAUGUAAACCACAAUUCAUUGGAUUUAUCGUAUAAAUCAUAUUUUCAAUUUUGUCAACAAAGCUGUAUUAACGUCUUUGUCUUUUAUUAAGACAGUUUUGAUACCGGACUUUAAUUAUAAAAUAAGAUGUAUUGAAUUUAGAAGGUAUAAGAUUUUUUAUUGCUCUUAUCGAGUUAUAGAAGUAAUUUUGAAUAGGAAUUCGCCCUGGAAUCAUCAAGAGAAGAGAAUCUAGGUGGAGAUUCACCGCCACCAACAAAAAGACCACGGUUUGAUAAAAACAAUUCUACAGAACCUAAUUCUUUUCUGAAUUGGAAAUUAAAUAUGAAAAAUCAAACUAGCACAGAUUCAAACGAUAACGGGGAAAUUAUUUGUGAAUUAGUUCAAAAUGGAGUAACAGACUUUAAUACAGACAAACUUGUCGCAUUAAAAGAAAGUAAUUUUCAUAUAAAGAGGAAAGCACUUUCUAGACAUGAUGAAGAAAUUAUUAGGAUAAUUGGUCAACAUUUAAAACAUCUUGGUUUUAACAAGACUGUUGACUGUUUAAUAAAAGAGUCUGGGUGUGAGUUAGAAAAUUUGUCAGCUUCUAAAUUCUGUGAAUAUUGUCUUUCUGGAGCUUGGUCUAAGGCAGAAAAUGUUUUAAAAGAACUAAAACCAUAUUUAGAAAAUGAAGAUAGUUAUGUGAAAAUGAAGUUUAUAUUAUUGGAGCAAAAGUUCUUAGAGUUUUUAGAAGAUAAUUGUGUUCUUGAUGCAUUGCAUUGUUUGCGAAUUGAAAUGUCUCCGUUAAAGUUUAAUGUAGAGAGAGUACACGAGCUUUCAAGUUUAUUAAUGUGUGCAAGUGUUGAUGAUUUAUUUUCUCAAGCAAAAUGGGAAGGAAAAGGACUGGUUACACGUCAGCGACUUGUUGAAAAAUUAUUAGCGUUUUUGCCGCCUUCUGUGAUGCUUCCACUACACAGAUUAGAAACAUUAAUUGCACAAGCUUUUGAGUUGCAACGGGAAAAGUGUUUGUUUCACAACUCGUCAACAUCAAUUGAUAUAAGAGAGACAUCAAUUAUAGUUGAUCAUCAAUGUAGCAGAGAUUCAUUCCCAAGUGAGACAAGACAAGUUUUAUCUGAUCACUGUGAUGAGGUUCUAUUUUUACGGUUUUCAAAUAACGGAAAAUAUUUAGCAACUGGUUCUAAAGAUAUGAAGGUUAUAAUAUGGGAGGUUAAGAGUUCAGGCUUAGAAAAAUUGCAUGUUCUCAAUGGACAUUCUUAUGGUAUUUCAUAUUUAGCCUGGAGCCCAAAUGAUGUUUAUCUAAUAGCCUGUGGCCCAGAAGACUGUUGUGAAAUAUGGUUGUGGCAGGUUCAGACUGCAACACUUCACCGUCAUAUAUCACAUUCACCUGACGACAGUUUAACAUGUUGCUCUUGGUACAGUGAUUCAAAGAGGUUUGUUGUUGGUGGAAUUCGUGGUCAGUUCUAUCAAUGUGACUUGGAUGGAAAUAUAUUGGAAUCUUGGGAUGGAGUUAGAGUAAAUUGUUUGCAUGUUAUAAAUGAAAAUACAGUACUUGCUUCAGAUACACAUCAUAGGAUUAAAGCUUAUAGUUUUGAAGAUAUUGUUGAUAAAUUGAUAUUGCAAGAAUCUCAUGCAAUUAUGUCAUUUACAGCAUCUAAAGACAAUUCAAAAGUAAUUUUAAAUAUAUCAAAUCAAGGAGUAAAUCUUUGGGACGUCAAGUGCAAGAUGCUAGUUCGAAGAUUUCGAGGCGUUGUGUAUGGUUCAUUCAUAAUUCACUCUUGUUUUGGUGGUGCUAAUGAUGAUUUUAUUGCUAGUGGAAGUGAAGAUAACACUGUAUAUAUCUGGCAUCACACAAAAGAAACUCCUAUACUAACUUUGCACGGUCACACUGGCACCGUUAACUGCGUGCAUUGGAAUCCUACAAAUCCCGGUAUGCUUGCAUCUGCAAGCGAUGACGGAACCGUUCGGAUUUGGAUGCCUUUGAAAUCAAAAUCUUUAACCGACGACUCAACUUCCUGAUGAUAGGUUUUCUUCUAGAGCUGUAAGAUGCUUUAAAAAUUUCUUCACAUUUGAACAUCUACUAUUUUAACCGUGAUAUAAUCUUUGAAUUACAGAGCUUUUUUUGUUUUGUGAACUUCUUAACGCUUUUGGAUGCUUAAAGGAUGUUUAAGUUGUUUGUUUGUAUGUAUGCAUAUAUAUAUAUAUAUAUAUAUAUAUAUAUAUAUAUAUAUAUAUAUAUAUAUAUAUAUAUAUAUAUAUAUAUAUAUAUAUAUAUAUAUAUAUAUAUAUAUAUUGAACAGGCAAACGGGUAAAAAAGACAUUCUGUUGACGUUUACCGUUUACAAUUUAUGGUGUUGAUUAUGUAUAGUUUAAUCAAAGUGGAUUGUUGUGAUUUUUUUAUUAACUCAUAACUUAUUUUUGAUGCAUUUAAAAAAACGCUUUCCAUUUAACAAGGUUUUUUUUUACGAUUUUUUUUUUUUUUUGAGUCUGAAGGUGAAUAUCUGUAAUCUCUUAGAUAUCAUUAUUUCAUUCUAUUUUUGUGAGUGUGUAUAUAGUAUAUAUAUAUAAAUAUAAAUAUAUUAAAAAUGUGAACAUAAAUAUUUUAUUACGCCAAUAUAUUGUGCAUAUAUCGUGUAAGUGUCUUAAAAUAGGACUAUUGGUGUCUAAGCAGCAAGUUAGACUGUUAAAACUCUGAGUUUAUUGUAUCUUUUAACAUUUGUAAUUUUUUUUUGGCAACUUCAGUUGUAGUUACCUCGUAUGAUUCUAAGGUUGCUGUAUAUUUGA